AUGCAGAGCGUAAGCAAGACAUUGAAGAGAGUCACGCUGGAAUUGGGAGGAAACGAUCCUGCUAUCGUGUUCCCGGAUGUAGAUGUUGACAAGGUCGCUGAGAAGGUGGCGUUUUUCGCCUUUCUCAACUCCGGCCAGAUCUGCCUGAAUUUGAAACGUAUUUACGUGCACGAGACCAUCUUUGACCGCUUCAAGGAAGCCUUAGUGAAGCACGUCAAGGGGUACAACCUUGGUGAUGGCUCACAACCUGGCGUCACUCAUGGACCUCUGCAAAACUCGAUGCAGUAUGAACGAGUCAAGACAUUCUUCUCGGACAUCGAGUCUCAAGGAUGGAAAGUUGCCGUAGGCGGCAACGUUGAGCAGUCUGAAGGCUACUUCAUCACUCCUACGAUCAUCGAUCGCCCUCCUGAGAAGUCGCGCCUGGUCGUCGAGGAGCCCUUUGGUCCCAUUGUUCCUCUCCUUUCCUGGAGCAGCGAAGAUGAGGUUGUUUCCCGCGCCAAUGACACGUCGAUGGGCCUUGGAGCAUCCGUGUGGACAAACGAUUUGGAGAAAGCUGCCAAGAUUGCUAGGCAAAUCCAAGCAGGCAAUGUUUGGGUCAACACACACUUCGAUCUCACACCUUUAGCUCCAUUCGGAGGGCACAAGGAGAGUGGUAUCGGAACUGAGUGGGGUGCAAAUGGCCUGAAAGGGUUCUGUAAUGUGCAAACCUUAUUCCUCAACAAGCAGGUUGUUAGUUGA